AUGGUGCUGCAGCAGAUUCUUUGUUCGGUGUCAUACCUUCUGGAUGAUGCAAUCCCCCUUUGCACCCAAGAAGAGCUAUUAGAUGCCGUGGCACAUGCUCUGUCCCUAAUGGAGAUCUAUUUCCCAAGUACAGAGUUGGACAUUAAGGCCCAUAAUUUACUGCACCUCGUCGAACGUCUUUUCACCCUUGGUCCUUCGUAUACAACGGCGAUGUGGGGCUAUGAAGCACUCAUGGGGCGGCUAGUGAAGUUGGUCAAAAAGGAAGUUGUGUACCUUUAUAUGUGCUUAAAAGUGUCUGCCUCUAUGUGUACACAUGUGCAAGAUACCGUUUCCAGCAAUCAUUUCGUCUGCUGUCACCAUGCAUGCUUUUUGAAUAUCAUUCAUCGCACACUCUGCACGAUUUGCUUUCCCACUCCAUCCCAGACAGAUUCACCAGAAGUCACAGUUAUGCGGUCUUGGUAUAUUAUUGAACGAGCACUCAAGUAUGCUUACCGUAACCAAAGCACAGUCAUGCUAGAUGGUAUCCUUCCCAAGGGAGUAGCAGUUACUAAGGAGAUACACAGCUACUGGACCUGGCGCAAUGAAAAGGCUCCCUCAGUUGAGCCUUUGCGCAUCGAUGGAGCUGGUGGACUUAGGCUCCUGGCAUCCUUAUCAUCUGUCCAACGCUCCCAGCUACAUGAAAUGUACAUUCAACAUGACCCAAGAUACAAGGAACUGUGGGCUGCAUUUCUGGAGUGGCUAUGGGCUCAGUGGCCUGACCAUGAUACCAGUGCUGGGGCCAUCCAGGACUCGGUACUAAGGAACUUGUGGCCGUUGGAAAUCUGGCGCACUAGUGAUGCACUCAAGGAGCCAUACAAAUUUGAUGUACCACCAAGCUUCAGUGAGCGUCUUGCAGGUGUACGCUUAAAUGACUGUAUCGACAUCAAAGCUGUGUACCGGCGUAGCAAGGAUAACUCCCAUCCAAAUGAUGUGCAUACAUGGUUCAUGUGCAGGAAGUGUGCCGCUGUGCCAGAAAUUGGAUGCUGCUUCAAGUGCUGGCACCCAGGGACUUGGGGUCCCAGCAAGUACCUGUACGGGCAGUUUUUUCGCUAUCUGAGCAAAGCUUCCCCAUUGCGAAGGCUGUCAGCUGACCUCAAUAAUGCCAUAAAGUGGUCAUGGAGAAAGGUCCCCGGUGCUGCAUCGAUGACAGGACCAAGGAAGUUCGAUGUUGACGACAGUACCAUUGUACGUGCUGCUUGGAACUCACAGGCCCUGUAUGCACCAGAGCGUACACAGGAAGACCUGGUCCGGCAAAUCAAGGUACCAGAGAUCAGGGUUGAUGAUGACACUGAUGCUGGCCCUGAGCUCACGACUUCAGCACGGGGAAGUUUAUCAGACAUCAGUUCGGAAUACUUCCCAGAUGAUCAUGAUGAUGACGAUGACGUUGAUGAUGAUGAUGAGUUUCAGUCUGCAGACGUAGAUGACAGUGAUGUUCACAGUGAUAUGGACGAUGAUUUAUUUCAUGGCAUCCCACCUAACGUUCAAGAUGCAGAGAUGCAGCAGCCAAACCGGUCCUGGCGUGACAGGUUGCUUACAUCGGUUCCUGGAUUCUCAACUAGGAGAGGCCUGCAGUACGAUCCCAUGCAUACAAUCGGCCAAUUUAUGCUCAGCUGUUGA